AUGCUGAAUCAAGAGUCACAUCGAGGAGACAACUCAAAUAAUACACAAUAUCAGCAGCGGCAGCCACCACCAGGAGCGUUCUAUUUGCAACAGUACCCAACAGGCUAUUUUCAAACACAACCAUUGCCUGAACCGCCACAGUACCUAAAUCAGCAGUUCAGACCACCACCGCCACCACCACCAUCACAACAACAACAACAACAGUUGCCCCUACCGCAUCUGUUAAAUGCUCGAAAUGACCAACAAACGCAACAACAAAUUCCACCGUCACUACUACCAGGGGUGCAGUUGUACUAUCCACUCACGUAUCAACAAAUCCUUCCAUUUUCACAAUACGCACCAACCCAACUACAACCGAAUCAACCGGUGGUUGAUUACCAGUAUCAAUCUCCCUCACAACAGCCUCUACAAAACUUUGCACCACCUGUCGCAACUAACUGUGGACCAGUUCGCUUCCAGGGAGAUACAAAUUCCAUUUCUAAACCUCAAUCUCAAUCCCCUACAGUGAAGAAAGAGUUUGAACAGGGACAACAUUCUGCUGUAUCACAAGUUCCCCCACCACCCACAGUAUCAUCAUCAUCUCCUUCACAAAGCUCAACUAGACUGAAACAUCAGAGCCCAUCACUAGAAAAGUCAUCAGUUGAGGAAAGACCUUCCAAGAAACGACCGAAAUCAGUUGCCAAAUUGUUAUCGAGAACUUCUGUCACUUAUCCGAGAAAAAGAGCAGUUACUGCUUGUGAUACAUGUCGAUUAAAGAAAACGAAAUGUGACAAUGUACGGCCUCUAUGUGGAUCUUGUGCUCGUAAUGGGAAUUCAAAUUGUCAAUAUAGCACUGACGAUCAACUUAAUGAUUAUUCUAGUUAUGAUCCAGCAUCAUUGAACAUUUUGACCAAAUUGGAUGUGAUAUUGAAAGACUUGAAUCAAAUAAAAACGAAUGGAUCUGGCUGUACUUGUACCAGCAGUGACAAAAGCGCCACAAAAACAGUUAAUAACGGAGCAGGCAAUGGCGUUGACAAGAGAACCAAAGAGCAGGAGUUUGGUGAUUGUAUUUGGAACAUGUCUGUUACAUCAAUUAUCGAUUGGAAUAUGUUCAAGCAAGACUUGCAUGUGACGCAAGAUGAAGUGGAUAAUACCAAGCAAAGGCUACUCAAUCUCUACGAUAGAAACAAUUUUAUACUCCAUGGCGAAAAUGAAGCGACUCACGCAUUUGAGGAAAAGUUUAAUGAUUUCAAAAUUGCUGAACAAUUGUUGAUGGGUAAUUUCACUAAUAUAAUCAACUCAUUCUUUGUCAACAUGUAUACGAAAUUACCCAUUUUGAAUGUAUGUGAAUUUUUCACAGCUUUGGAAUUAUAUCAAUUUUUAUUAUCCAAAAUGCCACAACUAACGUUUGUAAAAGUGCUUGAAAUGUUUGAAAAAGAAGAUUUACCACGACUGAUUGUCCAAGUAUAUCAAGAUGCGAAGAUUGAGUUGAAUGAUUGGGAAAUCGAAAAGCUAAACCUUUUGGUGGAAUUUAUUCCAUUGAUUUUGCUUAUCUCUGCUCUCGGUGUGUCGGCCAUACCAGUGCAUUUAAAUAAUUUGACUACAUUCAAAAACUCAUUAGACGAAUCAGCUUCAACAUCACUUGGUUGUUUAAGUGGUGCAAAUUGUUUUGAUGGGAUUCCAACUACAUUCACUUCGAAUAGGACACUCAUUGCCUAUAAGCUACUCGCAUACUCACAAUCUAUCAUCCAGAUGUUUCCCUUUGUAAUGAGGGAAAAUACAAUUCGAUCAACUCAGUACUAUUUACUAAAAAGUCAAUUGCAUUUACAAAACAACAACCCAUUGCGUGCUCAUAAAUUCAUCGUUAGUGCCAGCAGGAACAUCAUGUAUUAUUUACAAAAAACAAACAGCAUUAGUAACAGUGACCGCGAAAACAAGGAAGUGCUUGAUCGACUUUUUUGGACAUGUUUAAAACUUGAAAGUGAGUUAAAUACUGAAUUGUCUCCAUUUGUUUCCCUUUCAGGUAUACAUCAUUUUACACCACCCACCUUAUUCCCCAAAGUUCCUGAACCAUUGACCGAUCAAAAUCGGGGUAAAUAUAGUGGUUCUGUUUUAAAAUUGACCCAAAAGUAUGAUGACCAGUACACAUGGUAUUAUUUCUUGACUGAAAUAGCAGUGCGAAAAGUGGAGAAUAAGAUGCUUGAUGAUUUAUACUCAUUAGAGUCAACAAUGAACCAUGCUUGGGAUCUGGAGAGAUUUGCCACUGAAACAGUAUGGACUGACUUUGUCCGAUACUUGAAUCAGUAUAAUGGAAUUAUAAACUCUUUAACUCCAGAAAUUAGACAUUUCGUUUUACAAGAAGUCGAUGUUGAUUAUAUUCAUAAACGGAUAAAGAAGAAGUACGAUAGGGCUCAAAAUAACGGAUCAAAUGGAAUGAAUGACCAAAGUCAACAACCACGAGAGGAAUCCGCGGAAUUGUAUAAUGAUAUUUUUGACAAUUUAGAUGAAUUUUUGAUUGACGAUGACUUGUUACUUCGUGCACAAUCAGAAUCAAUAAUGUACAUAAAAACAAGAGUUUUGGCAUCAAAGUUGCUUUUAUUUCGUCCAUUGGUUUAUUUGAUCUUAGAAGAUAAGAUUCCAUUAUUGGAAUUGAUUAAUGCCGCCGCUUCUGUGUUUAGUAACUCGAUAUCUCAACAAUCUGUUUUACUUGAAAGCAACCUUGGAUUUGAUACACCCAUUUCAUCGGAUUCAAACACAAUCACUGAUUCUAAUGAAUUUUCAAGUUCAUUGGAUAUUGAUUUGGAUUUCUUCAAUUUAAAUAAUGCUCCAUUAUUUUAUCAAAAACAGUACCCUGAUGAGGACUUUUCCGCUUUGAUUGAAUAUACGAAAAGUGGUUUAGAUGAUGCUACUCCAGAGUCCGAUGAAGAGUAUUUCAAAAUUAAUGAUAUGGCCACAGCUAGGGCCAAGAUAUUACGCAUCUUUUUCCAAAACUUAAUCUCGAUACCAAAAUUGAACAUUCCUCGAUUAUCAUGUCACCGUCAUCCUGGAAGUUGGUAUUAUAUACGUAACUUGUUUAUUGGAAGUGUGAUGCAAUAUCUCUUGUUCAAAAAGAUUCAACAAGUUAUAAUCACUGCAGGUUCAAGUAAAGAGUUGCAAAACUUGACGACGCAAUCAAUGGGAGGUGAAGGGGAUGCAUCUGGUGAUACACAAGCGAAGUCGUUUGAAGAAAUAGUGCAAAUGGUUUCCAGCGUGGUUGGGAAGGAGAGUAUAGUUACUAAUUUGGAACAUCUGAAGAUUGUAUUUGAGUAUUGGAAAGAUGAAAUGCCAGAUUGUGGUAUAUAUCAAGAGUUUAUUAUCAAAAUGUUGGCGGAGUUGUAA